AAACAGUUGAGCAAAGCAACGCGCUGCGACAUGAAGCACUUUUUAGUUUUAGCCUUGGCUAUUGCCUGUGCGCAGGCAGAGCCCAUGCAGGGCAGAAUUACUAAUGGACAUGCUGCUGCUGAGGGACAAUUUCCGUAUCAAGUGGGUCUAAGCAUUGCGAAGGCAGGUGACACUUUUUUCUGUGGCGCCAGCAUCAUUGGCAAUCAAUGGCUGCUUACAGCUGCGCAUUGUAUAGUGGGCGCUGAUAAUGCAAUUGUCUAUUAUGGCGCCACACAGCGCACCACAGCCAAGCUCUAUCAAGUGGUUUACCCCGCUGGCUUUAUACCACAUCCUGACUACACUGCCAAGCCGCUGACCAACGACAUUGCGUUGAUCAAGACGCCAGUUAUAGCGUUCAGUGCUUACAUCAACAAGGUGCAGCUGCCAGCGCUUGCCAGCAGCUAUGCUACCUAUGCUGGACAGCAGGCUAUAGCCUCCGGCUGGGGCUUCACUUCGCAAUGGGACUUUGACUACGCCAAUACACUGCAGUACACAAGCCUAAGCAUUAUUUCGGCUGCCAAGUGUGAGGAUGCGUACGGCAAGGUGGAGGCUUCCAGCAAGGUGCUCUGUGUGGCCACGCCCAAUAAGAGUUCCACCUGCAGCGGCGACUUGGGUGGUCCACUUGUCUUAAGCAGCAGCAAACAAUUGGUGGGUGUUGCUUCCUUUACACACAUUUAUGGCUGUGAGCGUGGCGAGCCAGCGGGUUUUGCUCGCGUGACCAGCUAUUUGCACUGGAUCAAGGAGGUUUCAGGCAUUUCCUACUAAGCAAACUAUCGAUAGUAUCGAUAACAUUGUAUUAAAAGCGCUGCUGUGUAUGAAACUGAAGUGAUAAAAUUAAAAGUGAUUAUUGAUUAA